CAAAUUCUUAGGGUUGUCAAAAGUAUUGAUACUUAUAUAUUGUAUCCGGAUACAAUAUUUAAUUGCAAAAGUAGCGAUAUUUAUAGUUUAAACUUGUGACAUUUGUUUUGUUGUUUUUGCACUACCACAGAUCACCAGAAAUUUGUUGUCAUGGGGGAAAGUCGAUUUUGUACUAUUCUGGAAACUACUACGUAAUGCGGCCCUUCCCUCGGCCAUAUUGACGCUGAUGUUCAGUCCGUACCAGAGAGGCAUCUACUGUGACGACCAGAGCAUCAACUAUCCCUACAGGAGAGACACCAUCUCCCAUGGAGCCAUGGCUGCCGUUACCAUCACCAGCUCCAUAGUCAUUAUCACGACCGGCGAGGCCUAUCUGGUGCACACCAAGCGUCUGCGCUCCAACUCCCAAUUCAACCAGUACCUGUCGGCGCUCUACAAGGUAGUGGGCACCUUCCUGUUCGGGGCAGCCGUCAGCCAGUCGCUCACCGACCUGGCCAAGUUUACCAUCGGACGACCCAGACCCAACUUCUUGGCGGUGUGCGCCCCCGCCAGCUGCAGCGGCUAUGUGCUGCGCAUCAACUGUACCGGCAGCCCACGUAACGUCACUGAGUCCAGGUUGUCCUUCUACUCUGGCCACUCGUCGUUCGGCAUGUACUGCAUGCUCUUCCUCUCUCUGUACGUGCAGGCUCGCAUGCAAGGCAAAUGGACGCGUCUGGUGCGUCCCACCAUCCAGUUUUUCCUGGUGGCCUUCUCCGUGUACGUGGCUUAUACGCGAGUGUCCGACUACAAGCACCACUGGAGUGAUGUGCUGGUAGGACUCCUGCAGGGGGCGCUUAUUGCUGUUCUCACUGUGAAGUACGUCUCAGACUUUUUCAAGCAGCGCGGCGAGCCGGCGUGCACGCGGACCGACGUGGCGGACGGCGUGCGUCUGGAGCGUAAACCCAGCCCGCAGCGCACUAACCACAUCAGCUACACGCCACCCGUAUGACGGGCCCGCCAUUUCAUGUCCGCAACCACUGGCUGGAACUCUUCCAGUCCCUUCCACCAAGCAACACUUUUGUAUUUCUAGAAAUAAGAGUGAAAUGUGAAUGUGUUGUCUUAUUAUGUGCAAUGACGCUUGUUUGGAGGAUGAUGCUGUGACUUGAUGGAAAAACGUGUGAAAAAUUCAAACAAACUUUUUCAUUUUUAUUUAGGAGGAGACUGUUGCUGCUUCACCACUAAAAGCUUUUACAAGCAGACCACUCGCUGCUUAAGCUAACACAUUUUUAUAUACAGUAUUUUUUUUUUCAAUGAUUACUACUGUACCUUUAAAUAAACUGUGCUGUUAUUUUUAACAAUGCUGUAGCAGUUUUUCUCUUUAAAAAAAAAAAAAAAAAAUCUUUAGCUGCUAUUGACAACGAUAGAUUUGAACUGAGAGGACUGGCAGCGAAUGAACAGUUAAAUGUUCAAAUGGAUUGGAUGUUUACUAGUGAAAAACUAAUUUAAAUUCACAGCAGAAGGACGGGAAGAGCCACGUGAUUGGAUGUUUAUUAUCGCACCAAAAGAGUCAAAUGUUUUUAAAUACAUUUUUCUGUUUUGCUUUUUUUUUUACCUUUAUAAAAAAAAAUUUUUUAAAAAGGUUUGGGACCAUUUUUAGGUCAACAAUAUAUGGCGGAAAACACAAGACUGAAAAAGCAGUUUCUGCUCUUGCACUCCUCUUUAAAAGAAACUGCUGUGUUUUAAGCCAAAACAACUGUUGUGUUUGAUAGAACAAUAUGCCUAUAUGCUGCCAUAGCAGAUUCAUGGCGCAUUAAGCCCACGAACUAUUUUUAAUUUGUAAGUUUUACCCUGGAAACCCCCUUUUACAGACGUCGCGCAACCGCUUUUGUUUCAACCCAGCCAUAAAACGAAGGUAGUUAAUUAUAUUUAUUAUUCAAAAUGUCUCGUUUUUAGCUUAGAAUCACUAAUUGAUGUCUCAUGUUCCAUUAAAAAAAAAAAGAAAAAAAAAAGACUUUAAACAUUUAUUCACUCACAUAUUUUAAACUUUUAAACAAAUUAUGUCACAAUGAAAAAAAUUUCAACCACCAUUGACUUGCGCUAGCUCAGCCACUCCGGAGCCCUGAAACUAACACUCCAACGACUAAUUAAACCCCCGCUAACUUGAAGAUUAAGCCUAAUGUCAAAAAUUCUGAACUCCUAGCCGUUAAAAUGCUGUAAAAGU